AUGGCCGACUACUUUGAUUCUCAUAGAGGCACUAUUGCCACCGAGUUUUGGCUUGGUCGUUGGAUUCGUCAGUGGAUUUUAUUCCACGCGAAACCUCUUCCUAAGGCGGCUUGCGGUAUUUGUAUGUGUCCUUAUUUGUGUAAAGUUGAUUACAACUCACGAAGCAUGAAAUUAACAAGCAAUCUAUGUCAUCUUCCAGGUUAUGGACACAUCGUGCCACUGACCGAUGGGGGCAAAGUCUACAGUGUGAUCUUUGCCUGCAUUGGCAUCCCCUUCACUCUUCAUGUUACUUCCUCAAUAAAUAACCAUUUCCUCAUCCCAACUGUGAAUCGCUUUCGAAAUGUUUUCGUAAACUGGAUUGACAGAAACCAUGAGCCAAAGCAAUCAGUCCUAGUGUCCUCUCAGAAUUUACUCGAGUCGAACCGACCCGUAUUUUUUCGCUUCCCGCAUUUAACGUCGAUUAUGAAGGCCAAUGGAAAUGGCGUGGCCAGAAAAAUACCUUCUCCGGACAAUGAAGCCGUUCGGACAAAUCGAGAUAUUCCAACUGUUUGUAUAAAUGGGGUCAACCAGAGUGCCGUCGAAAUGCCAGUACCUUCGGUAACUCAUACGAUUUCGCCCGGUGAAGCAAAUGAAUCGUUUGAUGAUGCCGAUGCUUACACUUCCAACUCGAGUGGUAAAUCCAUAAGCUUGAAUGCUAAAAGUGCACCAUGUUCCUCAAAAGAGCCCCCAGAGAUCAAACACGUGGUCGCUUUGGACCCUAAAAGCAGUUAUUCUCGAUCACAAAGACCAGGUGGUGCGGGCGAUAGAGGUGGUCUAUCGGAUUUCACAGAAAGGCGAAAGAUAUCAAGGAAACAUUAUUCGUCUGUUUCGAAGACAUCCAUUUUUGUGAAUAUGCGGUUGAAACACUACUCAGUCGUCCAACCCCCACUCAAUAUGUUGGAUUUGUGUCGUGUUGUUCGUCGGAAUUCAACUACUCGAGCUCGAGUGCUCUUUCUCCUUCUUAUCUGCGUAAUAAUCAUCAGCAUGACGAUGAUAUUUCCUGCUGCAGUGUUCAAAGUAUUUGAACCGGAGUGGACGUAUUUGGAUGCGCUCUACUUCUGUUUCAUUUCACUCACCACAAUUGGCUUUGGUGACUUUGUUCCCGGAGAGGCUUUCAUUGGAAACAAUUCAUUAACUUCGGAUCCAACCUAUGUUCCUCUUCAUGAAGCUUACCUAGUGACGUCUGCGGUAUACCUGAUCACCGGUGCCACCUUAAUGAUGCUUAUGGUUCGAACUUACCGUGGUAUGAUGGAGCUCGAACGUAAGGCGAAACGUGAUCGCCUCUACACUAAGCUUCAACAUUCAUUUACUGAUCCCUCUUUGCUCAAUACACCGGUCUCUCAUUAG